AUCACUCAACGUCAGAAAGGCAUAUUAGCGUGUUAUCAAUUCUAUAAUAUACUACAAAAGAAUUUCGAAGAACGAAAAAGGAGAAAGAAAUCCUAGUAAACUCUGUCAAGAAAACAAAACAAAAACAAUGGCAGAUUUCUUUCAAAUUUAAUUUCAAAUAAUAUUCAAUGAUUACACCUAUAUGUUGAAAAAUUUGUUUAAAGGUCUUCGAACUCUCUCCAAUUUAAGUAUUUUUAAAAUGGUUAGAUACUUUGUUAAUCCGUAUGAAGACUCAAUCGCCACAGCAAGUCCUAUAAAUAAAGAAGAGGUACUUACUCAGAUUACUGACCAUGUGAACAGUAUAUCUAAACGCCUGACACCUUCACGAAAGAACGUAAACGGAGGUCUUUAUGUUGGCUGCACUGGAAUAUCGUACAUGUUUUAUUAUUUAGCAAAAAAUCCAUUUCUCUCCGAGUUCAAAGGCGUUUAUUUUGAAAAAAGCCUUGAUUAUUUGAAGCCUGCUCUAGAAACUUCAGCCGGGGACAAGACAUCGUUUUUACUUGGAGAUGCUGGUACUCUUGCUUUAGCCUCUGUUUUGAACAAAGAAUUGGGAGGUAAUCAGUUCCCUGAUGCUUUAGCCAAGUACAGGGCGCUUCAGAAUUACUAUUUGAAUCCGAAAUUCUUAAAAUGUGGAGGUGAUGAAUUUUUCGUUGGUCGAGCUGGUUAUAUUGCGGGCGCAUUAUGGAUAAACCGUGAGUUGCAGGCACAGGUGUUAUCUAAAGAGGAGCUGUACAAAAUUUGUGAUAUGAUAAUAGCAUCAGGAAGGGAAUAUUCAGCUAAGCACAAGAGUCCUUGUCCUCUGAUGUAUCACUACUACAAUACAGAAUAUCUUGGAGCAGCUCAUGGCAUCAGUUUCAUAUUGCAAAUGCUUAUGAAUGUGCCGGGUUACCUUGAACAUAAUGUUCAAGCAUUAAAUGAUGUAAGAGCCACUCUGAAUUUUAUAGUCUCCCUGCAGACUGAGGAUGGCAAUUGGCCAUGCUGUAUGGAUGAGAUUGGUCAAAGUGACCACAAAUUAGUUCAUUGGUGCCACGGGGCUCCUGGCACUAUUUAUCUCAUGGCCAAGGCUUAUUUAAUGUUUAAGGAUAAAAGAUUUAUGAAUGCUUGCAUCAAAGCUGGUGAUUUAGUCUGGCAAAAGGGUUUGCUGCGUAAAGGUCCAGGUAUUUGCCAUGGAGUAGCCGGGAAUGGUUACGUAUUUCUACUGCUUCACAGGCUGACUGGAGAUGAGAAAUAUUUGAUUAAGGCCAAGCUGUUUGCUGAUUUUAUGAUGUCAGAUGAUUUUCUAAGAGAUGCUAGGCUUCCAGACAAUCCGGAAAGUCUUUAUGAAGGGACAGCAGGCACUGUUUGCUUUUUAGCAGAUCUUCUUGUACCUGACAAAGCAGAAUUUCCCUUCCAAGAUGUUUUUACUGUUUAUUAGUUCAAAGAGGUGUGUAUAAUUUAUUCAGAGGUUUCUGUUACUUUCUAUGCAAGAAAUGACUGCAAUUUUGUUGUCAACAUUGUUGUUUAUUUUUUUAUGGAUUAGUUGCUGACAGUAAUAGAGCUAAUUUUCUGUUUACUUAUACCAAUUUUCUUGUCAGUUGCCAAUCACAAAUAAAUGGUGGAUUUUA